AUGGGUCAGGGCCAGUCCUCCUCCCGUCAGGGUGCCGCAGAUGAAGCUCACGAUGCUUUCGAGAGAGACUUUUACGCAAUCUUAGGGGUGGAACGGGAUGCCACAGCUGAAGAGAUAAAGAAAGCAUAUCGACGAAAAGCACUCGAGCUACACCCGGACAAGAACUAUGGAAACGUCGAGGAGGCGACAGCACUCUUUGCGGAGGUGCAGUCGGCGUAUGAGAUCCUUUCAGAUCCCCAAGAACGCGCCUGGUAUGACUCGCAUAAGGAUGCAGGCGGCACCGGUGGUGAUGCGGGCGUGCAGGGGCCAGAAAACUCGCGGUUUACGGCGGCCGCCGAUGUCAUGUCGCUAAUCAUGAAGUUCAAUCCUCGCAUGGAGUUUUCGGACGCGCCCACUGGCUUCUUUGGGGGCCUCAAUGAUACCUUCAGCCGGCUGGCCAGCGAAGAGCUUGUAGCAUGCCGGCUGGACGAUCUAGAACCCAUCCACUACCCCUCUUUUGGCCGUAAAGAUGAUGCCCCUGACUCCGUGCGCAGGUUCUACGCUGCCUGGAGCAGUUUCGCCACGAGAAAGUCCUACGCGUGGAAGGACGUGUACAAGUACUCUGAGGCGCCUGACCGCCGUGUACGACGGUUGAUGGAGAAGGAAAACCGUCGUCUACGCGAGGAUGGUAUUAGGGAUUUCAACGACGCCGUCCGCUCGCUGGUUGCAUUUGUACGCAAACGAGACCCCCGCUACAAGGCUACCGUCCAGAGCGAGGCGGACCGCCAACGGAUCCUCCGUGAGUCCGCGGCCGCCCAAGCUGCCCGUUCCCGUCGGGCUAAUGAGGCUAAACUGCGGGACUUUACACUCCCUGAGUGGGCUCAGUCGACAGAAGCUGAAGAGGAGCUAUUCCCGAGCGAGACCGAGUCUGAGCAGAACCACUUUGAGUGCGUGAUAUGUAACAAGAAUUUCAAGAGCGAGAAGCAGUUCGAGGCCCAUGAACGGAGCAAGAAGCACGUCAAGGCACUCAAGCAGCUGCAGCGUGAGAUGAAGCUGGAAGAUAAGAACCUCAACCUGGACGCGGUGGAGCCCGGGGAGAUGGAGCCAAUGUCUGAUUCCAAUCACGGGCACGAGCAUGAGAAUAAUAAUGAACCUGAGCUGACGGGGACCCAAACCCCAGUAUCAAAACAGGAACUAAGCGACGCUGACCCUGCUGACUAUUCUUCGGACAGAAGUGAAUCCCCUGAACCAUCGUCGGAGGCUAGGGCCGAUCAACCACAUCCCCUGGUGGGUCAAGGUACAGACGAUCUAGACGGUGAGGAGGUAGACGAGGAGGAGAUCCGAAAACAUGCCCUUGGUGACAGCCAGGGCAUAGAUCCCAUUACAGAAAAACUAUCCUCGCUCUCCACCGGCCAAGCUGAAGCCCAGGACGAGGACGAGGACGAGGAAGAAGACGUCGUCCUCCCGGCCAAGAAGCCAGGCAAGGCCAAGCAGAAGCGCGCCAAGAAGGCCGCUGCUGCCCAGGCAUUGGGAGCAGAGCAGUUUGUCUGCGCCGUCUGCUGGGCGUCUUUUACAUCCAGGAGUAAGCUGUUCACCCAUCUGAGGGAAGAGGGCCAUGCUCAGGCUCCAGUAAGCCAGAAGCAGCAGCAGGCAGCGAAGAAGAAGAGGAGGUGA